GUGUUUUUUGUAUGUUUGUGUUGAUAUUUCGUAAAACAAUUUUACACAUAGAUUUUAGUGUCUCUGGUGAAGAAAUUGACUUAAAAUGAUCUCGGAAUCAUUUGCUGCAAGACUAUAGGCCAUGCUAGUGAGCCCCCAUUUAACAGGAGGAGGACGUAACAAUAUCCAUCUGAUUGCUUGCUGGUUUCUGCUCAUUCUCUCACCCCUGGUGAUGCAGUCAAACGCGUCCAAAAAUUGCACCUUCAUCGACGGCCACAUUCUGGAGUUUGUGUGCCACGGAUUCUAUAAUCGCGACCUUCGGCUACAGUUUAAGGAUCGCAUACCGGCCAUCGAUGCGCCCUACGCCAUCUGGCAGAGAGCCGAUUUCUUUGCCUCAUCGAUGCUCCUAAUUGUCUUUUACGAGGGUCCACUAUCAAAUUGCUAUAAUCUCGUAUUCGAAGAUGGUAAAUUCUAUUGCGAUGGCCGCAACUAUGCAAUGGACGUUGAAGACUCGAUACUUGUGAACUGCAUGCCCUUUCCAUUUUCUUACUCCGACGAAUUGCACAAGAGUUGCAAACGUAAGCGAAAGUCACACUCGGCAGAGACGGUGUCGUCGGUUAUCAUUUACAUGGAGUCGAACAUCUAUGAGAACUCAAGAACAACAAGGUCUCAGCAUUGUUCGUAUCUGUAUUUUUUUAUAUCCACAUUACUCAUAGUUUUUCACAUUUGUCUAAACUGAAACUCAAAUUUUGUUGGUAAUCACUCUAUUAUUAAAAAAAACUAAAUGCACAGAUGGCG